GAGAAGCCCACUUAGCAGUUUAAACUUUUGAAUACCAUAUUCUCUUCCCUCUCAAAAACUCUCUAUAUGAAAAGAGAGACCACCAAGUGUUCGCGAAAAUGCCCGAGAGAGACUCCAUAGUCAACACACCACAACAAAGCAUAACUCUCCGAAGGUCUCCAAGAUUUCUUCAACCCAAGAACACUCUAGAACCAGAGAAACCCCCCAAGACUCUCCGGAAGUCUCAGACGCUUGUCCACCGUGAAAAGAGCGCUUCAGAAUCCAAAAACUCGAGAACCGCCAAGUCCAAAAGAAAAAGCAGAUCUGUUGUUCGCUCUUCGAGUCCUUCACUCAACUCUAAGAAAUCGAGUAAAGCUCAUGGGUCCAGAAAAUCUCCGAGAUUGAACACUGGGGUUGAGGAGUUUCAGAGUCUCAGACGUUCUUCGAGGAUUUUGAAUCGGCAGCGCGUCGUCGUUGAUGCUGGUAAGGAUUUCCCACAGAAAGUCUCGAAUAAAUUGGUCAAAUUUGAUAAUGGGUCGAGUAAUUGCACGGAUUUGAGUUCCGGGUCAAGAAAAUGUGGAAGAAAAUCUCUGAGGUUUUGUAUUGAGCAACCUGUUGUUGAUGUACGCACGAAUAAGGCAACUAAUACUAGAUCUAAAAAUAAAACAACUAGUUUCUUGGAUAAAGAGGAAUUCUCAGAUGUUGGAAAAGAUGGAGCCUCUGUUAAUUCACCCGAAGGAGUUCCGAAAAAGAGCAAAAAGGUGACUUGGAGGAGUUCAGGUGGUGGUGAAGUGGUUAGUUCGGAAGGUAGAGAAAGGAAAAGGCAAGAGUUAGAUGGUGGAAAUAAAGAAGUUGAGGUUAGGAGGAAGAGAAAGAGAGAUGAAGAAGGUAUUGGGGUUGUUCAUGGAUGGACAAAGGAACAAGAAUUAGCCUUGCAGAGAGCUUAUUUGGUAGCAAAGCCGACACCCCAUUUCUGGAAGAAGGUUUCUAAAAUG